AUGGACGCUCUCCCCUCCUUCCUCGACUCGCCCUCCCACACCCGAACCAAGUCGGCAGAAUCGCAAAUCCGGAUAGAAGAAGUACCCAGCGCAGAUGGGGUCCGUUCUCGAGGCCUCGCCGCCAAAACGACCUCCCCCCUCCGCCGCGCCAACACCGUGGCACAGACCGGACAUGUUCUCAAGCGGAACCUGGAACUCAAGGCGACGCGGGACAAGACCGCGUUGGCCUCGGCACUCCGAGCCAAAGAUAGCCAUGAGGUCUUACGAAAUGCGUCGAUUCAACGGUCUCAGACACAGGCGCAUCGAUCUCCACGGGAGGGACGUGCUGCUGGGCGCAGGGCGGGUCACUUUACGGUUGGGAGCGUCGGUCAGAAUGGAAAGAUCUUUCUCAGACCGAUUGCAAACCCGCCGCGGAAGGCUCCUGCGGCAACUCCCUUGUCGUCCCUAGAUCCGGUGACGAGUCUUCGGCCACUGCCGCCACAGCACGCGCAAGGUUGUGACGACCCGUCUCGGUGGUCGAGCUCGCAGCUGUCUGAACUCCGUCCACGCGGCCACGGCCACGGCCACGAAAGCGAGUCGGUCUACUCACAGGAAGCUAGACCCGAAUCCGUCACCCUUCGUCGCCCGCGCGCAAACUCCUUUUCGACAAUCUCCGAACAGCAGUCGGUAUCCGGUGUGGGAAACCGUGGAGAGUUCCGCAUUGUCAUUGACCGGUCUGAGGAUCGUCCCCGGUCUGCCGGAGAGAAUCUCGGUAGCGCAGCGCUGGAAGUCCCCAUCCCCCAUUAUAGACUGGGUUCUCCACGUUUCAACACGGAAGGGAGUGCCAUCCUGCAGAGCUCACUGUACACUCGCACCUCCAUGUCCGACAAUUUUCGAAACUCCACACACCUGGGGGGCAUGCUGGAUGCCAUGUCCCCCCAUGGUCGGAGUGGGUACGCCAGGGAUUCCUUCUCCCAACAUCGACCCUCCUUUGCCGUCUCUCUGUUCUCGGGGACGGGGGCGAUCGAUCUCAGUCGAGCCUCCCCCGCUCCACGGAACUCGGUGGUCCACGAGUUUAAAGGACCGGUCGAUGCGGCGAUCUAUGAAGUUCUGGUGACGGAUAUGGACUCGGACGCGGUGGUGCGCUAUGUCCCUGGGACCAAGGAUAUCAGCGCGGCAACCCCGGCGCGUAUUGUCGCACAGAUCUCGUCGGAGUCUUUCAUGGAUUACGAGUUGGUGUCAGAUUUUUUUCUGACCUUCCGCUCCUAUCUCUCCCCCUGCCAUCUGCUGGCGCUGCUGCUCGCUCGUCUUGAGUGGGCCAUCAAUCGCCUGCAAGAGGAUGGGCGGAUCAUUCGAAUCAGAACCUUUGCCGCUCUCCGGCACUGGAUCCUCAACUACUUUGUCGACGAUUUCGUGGCAAACUAUAAUCUUCGCAAGAAUCUCUGCGACACCAUCAAUGCGCUUUAUGCCAAUGUGAAAUCUAGAAACACUGGUGGCAAAAGCGAUCUGAAGAUCCUCAUUGACCUGAAGCGUUGUUGGAAUGGCAAGUGCUCGGUCUAUUGGUCCGGCCCGGAACUCAGUCAAGCGUACAAUGAUCCAGAUACGCCUAUUGCACCGGGUAGCGUUGAGAUCGACUUGGCGGCUUCCGACGCAGCAUACACGACCGUUCCGCCUCAUGUGUCUGCUCCGUCUUCCGAGAACCGGUCCCGCGACAGUAUGCCCAACUCUGUGCAUCAUGAUAGAAACGAUUCGGCGGCGACCGCGCAGAGCAUACCCGUCUCCACGAAAAGCGAAAUGAGUGUCGUUGCACUUUCUUGCUCGCUACCGCCCAAAUCUCCCAGGCGCUUGUCCACCCCGUAUUCGAAAAACCAAGCUCCUCGCCCGGUACCUCUGAACACUACGGCUGCACCUGAAAAUGCGCCAGCAUCGCCGAAAAUAUCACGACUUCCCUUUCACGGCCAUGCCCACAAAAGGAGCGGGAGCUUUUCGGACUCGGUGCGCGACGAUCGAGUACCGGCGUUUAAUGCGGAGCCGGGUCCAGUGAACCAUGCGCCCAGAGAACUUUUGGAUCCUGUCAGCUUCAUUCGCGGAACCCUCUACCCUCCCGUGGAAUCCUACAUGACGAUGUUGGCGCCAGACUCGCCCCCCUUGGCCCCGCCUUCUCACGCAUCGAACCAGGAUCGGCGAAGUAUUCCCGACGGCGGGGCUCGUACCGGCUCCUCGAACUCGGGGGUGCGAACCAUCAUCGGGUCAAUCAAGCGAGUACUGCAUACGAGAAACGGGGGACAGAGCGUCUCUGCAAGGAUCACCAACGCCGCUGAUGCCAUCUCGCUUCCUUCUCGCGGGAGGAUAUCCGCCAUACCCAAUCACCUUGCACUGGGGUCUGAUUUCUAUCGCGAAAAAAAGAUGGCUGCUGGACUCAAGCGGCCAGCUCGAGUAGACACUCUUUGCGAUGAGUCCCUCGUGCAGUAUCGUCGGGCUCUGAGACUCAGCGGAAGUCAAGAUGCCAGGAGCGCGCGGCUGACCACAUCCGCGGCGCCGCACGACGCUGUGGUCGAGAGCGAUGCGGAAGUGCCGCCUCGAAAUCACCAUGUGAUGUCGGGAGGAGAAAGAUCGAAAAUCGAGAGCGAAAUUACCACCGGAAGUGGCUCGAUUGUGAUUGUCGACGACACCGGCUUUGAAUUUCCCUCCAUGUCAGGGGCCUUAGAAAACAGCGGCCUUCACAACGACGCUCACGUUCAGGACAGCACAAUGGUCCUCUCCAGCACUCCAACCAGGCUUUCCCAAGCCUCACUGCCAAAAGAUGGUGAAUACGUAGUACCGGUCUAUUACCACGGCAAAUCAACGGACGUCAAUGAGCAUCGCCCCAUCUCGCCGAGCCCCCUCAGCCAAAUAUCCCCGCGACGGUCAUUGUCCGUGGAACGACAGGCUACUCCCAAUAAACGCAUGUCCCUCUCCCUCCGCUUGCGAAAGUACGCAUCAUUUCAAAGUGGCAUCUCCAAGCAGCGAAUGUCCUUGAACAGCAUCACCAGCAAAUCUCACGCAGGCUCCACUGCAGCACUAGAACACCCAGAAAUGUCGACGGGUCCAUUGCUUCGCCGGAGGCCUGGGGGGAACCUGCGUCAGAUGCAGUUUGUCAACCAACCUGAGCGUAGUCCUGCCCGCGAGUCACGGGUAUCAGAAAGCUCGUACGGGGAUUCUUUUGCGGAGACGAGAGCAUCGACCACAGCCCCGGAUCCCUCUCCUUCUCGAUUCUCCCUGAUAUCCGUGGGUCCGAACGUCGACAUGCAACGGUCAUUCGAAGCAGCAAUGGCCCAGUUCGCCCAGAUUCCCGAUGACGAUGAUGGGGGCAUUGAAUCGACCUUGCUGAAGCUGGAGGGCAAGUGGAAAGGGCAUUCAGACGAGCAAAGGACCCCGACUCGGGACGAGAGUGCCGGAGCUGAGGGACGAAGCCCAUCAGGAUGGGACAUUAUCCCAAGGCGACGGCAGACUGAACGAUCUGCUUAUUCGACUGUCGGGGGCAGACUCGCCCCUCCUCGCCCCUACUCAGAGUCUGUGGCAGAGUCUGAAGAGUCUUAUAAUUCUAUGCCCCUCCUCGAGCGAGGUCUCACGGACGAUUCGAUGAGACGGCCCAUGACACAUCGCUUCCAUCCUAGCAAUGACGCUUAUAAUAUCCCGCUCAGUCUGAUUUCCAGCCGAGAUACAUCUGAACUAGUCUCCUCCCAUCCCUCCUCGAUCCAGAUCAUCCAAAAGUCGGACAGCAUUCAACGCAUUCCGCACGGAUCGACCUACCCGGAGCUAUCUCCCGAUGUGGCCAGUGACAAUCGACAUUCUGUCUUGUCCUCCGACCAGUCUCUGGAUCUCAUUGAUACUCACGAGUCCACCUGCAGCCGAUUGUCGACGGAUACACGCAGCGUUGCUUUUUCGACCGUCGAAAUCCCACCUCAUCCACUUGCGCAUCCACCCUCACCCCCAAUGACCGUUCAGCAUCCCAAUUCGUUCGGCUCUUCGGUCUCGCCGCUGGACAAAGUGCGAUUUCAACCGCAGCCGUUGACACCCGACACGUCCCCCCGACACCGUGAGCCCAUUGAAACUCACCACCAGACACGAAACGCUCCCCCAAUGUCGGUCAAUGUCCUUUCGAACAUGGAAAAGAACCGCCCUCCCCAGCUUACUCUCAACGAGGGGGCCGUUGAACACAUCCCGUUCAUCCUUGCCUGUGAGUCUCAGAUGCUUGCUCAGCAAUUGACUCUGGUGGAAAUGGCGGCUCUGAGUGAGGUUGAUUGGCGUGACCUGGUUGAAAUGAAGUGGAGCAGCGCCUCUCCGGCCAUCAACAGCUGGGUGGAGUUCCUCUCUACCGACCAGCGUAACGGGAUCGACAUGGUUGUUGGACGUUUCAACCUGAUGGUGAAGUGGGUCAUUUCCGAAAUUGUCCUUACACUCGAUAUCCACGAGCGAGCACGCACUAUUGUCAAGUUCAUCCAUACCGCUGCGCAUGCCCGACGCAUGUGCAACUACGUCUCCAUGUUGCAGAUCGCCAUCGCCCUGUCUUCCUCGGAUUCCUCUCGACUUCAGAGCACGUGGAGUCUGGUUCCGCAGGAAGAUAAGCGCUUACUUAAAGAUAUGGAAAGCUUGAUUCAGCCUGUGCGCAACUUCCACGAUCUUCGUGUCGAAAUGGAGACCGCCAAUCUGCAAGAGGGCUGUAUUCCUUUCAUUGGUCUCUACAUCCACGACUUGACCUAUAAUGCUCAGAAGCCCGCCCAGGUUCGCAGUCACUCCGGAUGUCUGCUCGUCAACUUUGAGCGUUAUCGUACGGCCGCCCGCAUUGUCAAAAGCCUCCUUCGCCUUAUCGACGCAAGCACUAAGUACCGAUUCGAACCGACUCAUGGCAUCAUUGAACGAUGCCUGUGGAUUGCAUCUCUGUCCGAGGAAGAAAUUACCCGCCGCAGCAAGGCUCUUGAAUAA